AUGGGUAAGGAAAAGCAACAUCUUAACGUCGUCGUUAUCGGUCACGUCGAUUCUGGUAAAUCUACCACCACCGGUCACUUGAUCUACAAGUGUGGUGGUAUCGACAAGAGAACUAUCGAGAAAUUCGAAAAGGAGGCCGCCGAAAUGGGUAAGGGUUCCUUCAAGUACGCUUGGGUUUUGGACAAGCUUAAAGCUGAGAGAGAGAGAGGUAUCACCAUUGAUAUCGCUUUGUGGAAAUUCGAGACUCCAAAGUACCACGUCACUGUUAUUGACGCCCCAGGUCACAGAGAUUUCAUCAAGAACAUGAUUACUGGUACUUCUCAGGCUGACUGUGCUAUUUUGAUCAUUGCUGCUGGUGUCGGUGAAUUUGAGGCUGGUAUUUCUAAGGAUGGUCAGACCAGACAGCACGCUUUGUUGGCAUUCACUUUGGGUGUCCAGCAGCUUAUUGUUGCCGUCAACAAGAUGGACUCUGUUAAGUGGUCCAAGGACAGAUUCGAGGAGAUCAAGAAGGAAGUUUCUAACUUCAUCAAGAAGGUUGGUUACAACCCUAAGAAGGUUCCAUUCGUUCCUAUCUCUGGUUGGAAUGGAGACAACAUGAUUGAGGCCUCUACUAACUGCCCAUGGUACAAGGGAUGGACCAAGGAGACCAAGAGCGGUGUCGCCAAGGGUAAGACCUUGUUGGAAGCCAUUGACGCUGUUGAUGUUCCAAAGAGACCAACUGAUAAGCCACUGAGAGUUCCAUUGCAGGAUGUCUACAAGAUCGGUGGUGUUGGUACCGUUCCAGUCGGAAGAGUCGAGACCGGUGUUAUGAAGCCAGGUAUGACUGUUCUUUUCGCCCCAGUCGGUGUUACUUCUGAGGUUAAGUCUAUUGAGAUGCAUCAUGUUUCUCUUCCAGAGGCUAUCCCAGGUGACAACAUUGGUUUCAACGUCAAGAACGUUUCCGUCAAGGAGGUCAAGAGAGGUUUCGUUGCCUCUGACGCCAAGAAUGACCCAGCUAAGGGAUGUGCUUCCUUCAAUGCUCAGGUCAUUAUCUUGAACCACCCAGGUCACAUUCAGGCUGGAUACUCUCCAGUUGUUGACUGCCACACUGCUCACAUUGCUUGUAAAUUCGAGGAAUUGAUUGAGAAGAUCGACAGAAGAACUGGUAAGAAGACUGAGGACCACCCUAAGUCUAUCAAGAGAGGUGAUGCUGCUAUGGUUAAGAUGGUUCCAUCUAAGCCUAUGGUUGUUGAGUCUUUCAAGGACUACCCACCUUUGGGAAGAUUCGCUGUUAGAGAUAUGAGACAGACCGUUGCUGUUGGUGUCGUCAGAUCCGUUGAGAAGACUGAUAAGUUCGUCACUGCUAAGCCUGCAAAGAAAUAA